AUGCUCUCUUUCUUCGUCAGACAAGCCCUCUCAUCAUGGGAAGAGUUUUAUGGCAAAGAUCCUAUUUCUCAUGACAUGCACGAUCUUCAUACACAUCAAGGAAUCACAGGAAGUGAUAUCAAUGGUCUUUAUGUUCAUGAUUGCACAUUCAUUGACAUUCAUUCGGAUAAUGAAAAGGGUGCAGCUUUGAUGAUUGAAGCUCAUAAGAAAUCUUUGUUCGAAAGACUUCUUUUCUCCAAAUGUUCAGCUUUCGAAGGUGGUGCAAUUUGCGCUUACCAGGGCCACAUUAUUUUCAAUGGCCUUUGCGCUGAUCAAUGCACAGGAACAAAUGGUGCAUUUUUAUAUGUUAAUGCACCACUUCAGAUUCAUUAUACAUCUGCAGCCAAAUGCUAUGCAAAAGGCGAUGGAAACCAAGACAGUUCCACAAUGUUCAUUAAAAAGCCAGAAGAAAGCAUAGUUACACUUGAUACAGUAAACCUGACUAAAAACACCGGUGAAGGUCGCGCAGGUUUAUUCCAAGCAUCCGGAUACUGCACAUACUCAACAUUUGUUGACAAUACAUGCAAGUACAAUCAUUGUUUCCAGACAUCAGAAGUUUUUACAUACUUUGACCAUGUAAACUUCGUCAGAAACGCAGUCACAGAGAACAAUGAUAAAGCUGCAUUAUAUGUCGGUACUCCAUCCGUAUCUACUAACUCUGUUGGCAUCAAAUCAUGCAUCUUUGAGUUUAAUAUGGCAGAUUCCACCCGCUGGAUCAAGACCGGAAAGAAGAUUGUUCUUACAGAUUGCUAUCUUCCAAACGGAAACCAGAAUAGCCAAAACAUCGAAAUUGAUGAGCCACGUGCCGACAGCUAUACUCAUGCCAUAACAUACUAUUAUGUUGAUGGUUAUUGCAUAACUGGAAAGACAGCUCCUCCACAGACACCUGUACAAACACUACAACCAACAACUCCUGUACAAACACUUCAACCAACAGAAUCACAACAAAAAACAACUGAAGUCUCAACAGAUGUCACAGUUGAAUCAUCAACCACCAAGAAAUCAGCAAAUGAUGGAGGACUGUCAACACCAACACCAACUACAAAGGCCUCAGAAUCAGGAGUUAAUUUGAAGGAUGGUGAAACCUCCAAUAUCCUUAAUAAGGUACCAAUAUGGGCACUAGUCUUGAUUGUAUUAGGAGUAGUGGCCAUUAUAUCAGCUAUUGUAGCUUAUUCCGUAAUUCGAAAGAGGAAAGGAAAUACGGAUAUUUCUAGUGACGAUUUCGUCUCUGAAGGAGCGGACGGAAUUCGCUCAAAGGAUCAGUCUGUUACGAUUGAUUAUGAUCUUAGAGAUGCUGAAGAAGAUCCAUUCAAGCACGAUUUUGAAAAUGAAGAUUCUAUAGAAGAAGUCCUUGCUAAGUAA